GCCCAAAAAACCAAGCGGAACCACUAAAAUGGAUCAAAUCGACGCAGUUUUCAAGUCAAUCGACGAGCGUCAAGAUGAAUUUAUCGAUUUAUUGCGUGAAUCGGUUGCAAUUCAAUCGGUUUCAGCUGACCCAGCGAGGCGUGGAGAUUGUGUUCGUAUGAGUGAAUGGGCUCGCGAUCAAUUAAAAACUCUAGGAGUUGAAACUUCUUUGUGGGAGCUGGGUCAGCAGACACUUCCGUCCGGAGAGCAAUUGCCACUUCCGCCUGCAGUUUUUGGAGUUUAUGGUCGUGAUAAGUCGAAGAAGACUCUGCUGAUUUAUGGACAUUUGGACGUACAACCUGCAGAAAAAGAAGAUGGCUGGAACACAAAUCCAUUCGAAUUAACUGAAAUCGACGGAAAACUGUUCGGCCGAGGUUCAACAGACGACAAAGGACCCGUAAUUGCAUGGAUUGCAGUACUAAAAGUUCUUCAAACUCUCGGAAUUGAUCUACCAAUUAAUAUUAAAUUCGUUCUCGAAUGUAUGGAAGAAUCAAGUUCCGAAGGACUUGAUAAAGGUCUCGAAGAUAAUAUUGAUAAGAUCUCUGACGUCACUUUUUCGUGUAUUUCCGAUAAUUAUUGGUUGGGACGGAAUAAGCCGUGUCUGACGUAUGGAUUGAGAGGAAUAUGCUAUUAUUUUGUGGAAAUCUCGUGUGCUCGACAGGAUUUACACUCGGGAAUCAAUGGAGGAUCUGUGCCUGAAGCAUUGAACGAUCUAAUGUGGGUGAUGUCCCAACUGGUGACAGUUGACGGACAAAUUCUGAUCCCAGGAAUCGCGGAACUCGUCGCUCCACUGACAAAAGACGAGGAUGAAAUCUACGAGAAAAUUGAUUUCUGCGUAGAUACAUUCAAAAAUGAAACAGGAUCACAUGGACUAAUGUCUGAUAAUAAAAAGAAUCUUCUGAUGAAUCGUUGGCGUUAUCCAUCUCUCUCCCUUCACGGAGUUGAAGGAGCAUUCAGUCAACCGGGAGCCAAGACUGUAAUCCCGGCAAAAGUCGUCGGAAAAUUCUCGUUGAGAAUUGUACCACACAUGACACCAGAGGCUACUGAUAAGCUUGUCAAUAGUUAUUUGGAUUCGUUGUGGGCUAAGAGAAAGUCUCCGAAUACUUUUAAAGUGACAUCGGGACACGGUGGAAUGCCAUGGGUUGCUGAUUUUCGUGAUGCCAACUUUUCAGCUGGAUCGAGAGCUAUUGAGAGAGUGUACGGAAUGACACCAGACUUCACUCGAGAGGGUGGAAGUAUUCCAGUCACGCUGACCAUCCAGGAUCUCACUAAAAGUCCAGUUAUGCUUCUUCCAAUUGGUGCAUCCGAUGAUAUGGCUCACUCGCAAAACGAAAAAAUCAAUCGGGACAAUUUUGUGAAGGGAAUGAAAGUGCUCGCCGCCUAUUUGUUCGAGCUGGCUGCUGCCUAAAUUUUUUUUGGUGGUUUUUUUUUAUUUUUACUGAUUUUCUCUUGAUUUUCGACUUUUUUUUGUAAUUUUUUCCACUCCAAUUAUCGCCUACUAAACUGUUCUAUAAAUUGUA